AUGCUCGCCACGGCUGAACCAUAUGACCAAGUGUUGCUGCAAGCGAGUGCCGCGCGGACCACAAACCAGUCUCUGCUAUGGGGAACUUACAGGCCAAACCUAUAUUUUGGAGUGCGGCCACGUCUGCCCGAAUCACUCAUGACUGGUCUAAUGUGGUUUGGCGUAGAUGACCUUGAAGGGUGGCAAUAUAUUCGUCACGCUUGUGAUCAGGGAGAUAGACUAGACGAAUACAGCUAUAAAAAACAUAAUGGUCGUACUUUGGCAGUGCAGACUCUUAAAGAUUCCACGAAUAAUGUGACUUUGAGAACUGAGUUUUUAAAGGUGCCGGGAGGCGAACAUGGUGGAAAUUGGGGGGUACGGAUAUCGGGAGUUCCGAACAAUGAAGAAGGAAUAUCGCGAAUCUCGCUGCUAUAUUAUUUCGGCUUACACGGAGAAGGAUCAUUAGAGUUGAAGAACAAAUUAGAACCAGACGGUUUGAGUGAUCCUAUAAUAUUAAAAGGCGAAUCUCCCGAACUUGGAAGUUUUUCAAUUGAGAUGGAAAAUGGCUUAGUUCAAAACAUUCCUUCAAGUAUUCCACCAGAAACUAAUCCGUUUCCAAAUUUACACAAAACCCAAUAUUGGGGUCACCUCGUUCCUGGCGACGAUAUAUGGCGCGCUAAGGAAUAUAUAAACGGACAAAUGAUCAUUAACGUGGAAAAAAAUCUUGCUGAGCAAAGUACUCGCCCACUACCUUACUGGUUUACAUUACGAAAUACAGUACGAGAGGAUUCUAAUUUCUACGUUUUUCAGAAAAUCGUGGAAGCCCCAUUUCAAUUUGAUAUAUAUUUUAAUUCUGCUUCUUCACCCAAUGAAAUGGAUACUGCUAGUUUCACAUCAGGGCUUGAAUCAAGCAUACAAGAAUUUGAUCAAAGAUUCGAAAAAACAUUUGGAUUGUCAGAAAAAGGAUUCACUGAAAAGGAAAUCGAUUUCGCGAAAAUGGCACUAAGUAACUUGAUAGGAGGAAUUGGUUAUUUCUAUGGAUCAAGUAUUGUCGACAGAUCCUAUACUUCAGAAGUGGAUGAAGAUGAGAUUAAUUUUUGGAAUCAGCGACCUGUUCCUAAUCCACAAUUGACACCACCUGCUGUAUUAUUCACAGCGACGCCAUCUCGUUCUUUUUUUCCGCGCGGAUUCUACUGGGAUGAGGGGUUUCACCAGCUUUUACUUGGUAAAUGGGAUAAUGAUCUCAGUUUGGAAGUUAUUAAACAUUGGACACUUCUAAUAGAUAGUGAUGGUUGGGUGGGUCGUGAACAAAUAUUGGGAGAAGAAGCUCGAAGCAAGGUUCCAGCGGAGUUUCAGACGCAAUAUCCUCAUUAUGCGAAUCCUCCUACUCUUCUAAUGUCUAUAAGAGCUUUCCUAGACAGAUUAGAUAAAGUCGAUGGCGAUGAAGAAAAACUCCUUUAUGAUACAGCUAUUGGAGAUUCUUUUGAUAAUGAUAUUACCACAACUACUGACGAUCCUAGAAUACUACCAAAUCGACAUUUAUUGGAUCGUAAUCUAGCCAAAUCAUUUUUGCGACGUAUAUAUCCCAAAAUCAAGGCCAAUUACAGAUGGUUCAAGAGAACGCAGUGGGGUGAGAUUAAAGGAUGGGGGAGAGAGGCUACAAACAACAAGGAAGCUUAUCGUUGGAGAGGUCGAAGCCCUGGUCAUACCUUGACAUCAGGUCUCGAUGACUAUCCUCGUCCGUCACCACCUCAUCCCGCUGAGCUUCACACUGAUCUCAUUUCAAAUAUACACGAUUUGCAUUGGAGCGAAGAAGAUCAAGCCUUUUGUGAUGUAUCGAUUAAUGAAAAAGAUGAAUCCGUUUUUGUAUGUCACAAAGGCUACUUGUCAUUAUUCCCGAUGUUAUUAGGGUUAAUUCCACACGAUUCGCCCAAACUUGGUGCUAUAUUAGAUCUCAUUUAUGACCCGGAAGAAUUGUGGUCGAUAUACGGAAUACGUUCGCUUUCUAAAUCUGAUAUAUUCUUCAAUACUGGUGAAAAUUAUUGGCGUGGUCCCAUCUGGAUCAAUAUCAAUUAUUUGGUUCUGUCGUCGUUAUACAAGAAUUACAUGCCUAAACCGGGUCCUUACCAAUCAAAAGCUCAAAAGAUAUACAAGGAAUUACGAGACAAUAUAAUAAAAACCGUGUAUCAGGAAUACGAAAGAACGGGGUAUCCAUGGGAACAAUAUUCCGCGUUUACCGGCAAAGGACAACGAAGUCAUCCAUUUACUGGUUGGACGGCAUUAGUGACUUUGGUUAUGGCAGAGAGUUAUUGA